UUUGGCUGAUGCAUGGCAAGGGUCAAGUGGAUUUGUGCUGUGUACAUAACUAGCAUAGCAGACGAGCUAACAGCAGUCCUCCUAUGCAAGUUUUACCCAGAAUUAUUCUACUGUGAUCAAUGGAACUUACUCCCAGGGCCUUAACAAACAAAAUGAAGGUGACAAGGAUCUGCCUGAACCUCUUCCUCUUGGUGCUAGCAGCCAUGCCUCAGAAGACUUGGCAAAAUUCUACCACCUCUUUGGAAAUGAAGCUGUUAGAGUCACUGCUGAAUACAAAUACCCCAUGCCAGAUACCCAAAAAUGGAACUGAUCCCCUUCUGGUGGAUAUCACUGUGGUGAUGUCUAAUGUGCUAGAAGUGGACAUCUUGAAAUACACUAUCUCAUCUGUCCUUCUGCUGAAUCAGUCAUGGUACAAUAAACAGCUGGCCUGGGAUGAGGCAGAGUUCCCUUUCGCCACCAUCACUGUGCCUUGGAAUUCGGUGUGGACUCCAUCUCUCACUGUUCAAGAAUCGUUUGACAUAAAAUGGAAGACUGAAUCCCCUGAAGUGGUGCUACACAGUGAUGGGAAAGUGGAGUUUAUGCUCGCUCUGCGCAUUGACACCAACUGCAACUUUGAUCUCUUCUACUACCCACGUGAUAACACUCGCUGUACUUUGAGCUUCUAUGCUCUGGCCAACAAAGUCAAUGAGAUGGAAUUCAAGGUCUCAAUUGAAAACCAAGUUCUGAACGUAAAGCGUGAAUAUCUUGUCACUGAUGUGAAAGUUACAAGCCUGAAGAAUAUGCCACAGCCUUGCUUUGUAGUGAUGGUAAAUCUAAAAAACACAGGAAUACGAACCCUUCUUUCUUUGGUUGUGCCAAGCAUUGCACUUUUAGUAGCUGAUCUCUGCGGCUUCCUUAUUCCACUCCAAGACAGGCUGUCAUACAUGAUCACCUUGUUACUGGCAUACCUGGUAUUCCACUCCUCGCUGAUUAGCUCCCUACCAGGAUCAUCUUCCUGCAACCCUCUCCUCAUUUACUACUACAUUGGUCUCCUGGUGUUACUAUUCCUUAGCACAAUUGAGACUGUCUUAGUGACAAAGUUGGUUGCCAACAACAGUAAUCGCUGGCUGAAUUAUGGAUUUCAGCAGGAAAAGGGCAAGGCUACCACUAUGUUACCUGAAGACCAAAGCUAUAAUGCAGAACAUACAAGAGAUCCUGGGACAAGUGACUGUGGGACAGUCCAAGAGUCAUCACAUCUCAAGCAAGCUUCUGCUGGUGUGGACAAGCUCUUCUUCAUCAUCUACUUAGGACUGGUUGUUAUGUUUCAUUUCCUAUUUGCAGCACUCUGGCUACUCUGGAAAUGUGAAUCUGAGAGGCCGCCUGGAGAAGACCAUUUAGAUGGAAUCAAAUGGAGGCAUGAUGGAUAGAGGUGGCACCUGUUCCAUGUAGAAGCCUGCUUUAUACUCAGCUGAAGUUAUGCACAUUUGCUCAUCCUCUAUUUGCAUAAUUUGCUUUGAUGUAAAUAUUUAUGAAAAAUAAGAGUGCACAUAGGGUUCUCAGGCAGUGUUCCAGGAGCUGCGUGUGUGCCUCCACAUCAUUCUCUGAACUAAUUGAAAUGAAAAAGAAUAUAUUGAAAAUAGUAUUUUAGAUGCGACUCAAAUGACUAUUCCUCCCUAAAAAAUGUGGAGACAUUGCCUAGUUCACACAUAUAGCAGACAGCAAAUGUUCUCUAGUGGGUGCUUUACCCUGAUUUUAUUUUGUAGGCAAGUGAAAACAUUUUUAUUUUACUGGAUGUUUGGGAGUUAGAGGAGAUAGUGUUCGAUGUAUUUUUUGUGUUUCGAGGUUUUUUUCUAUUGUGUAUACAUUAGGUUUAUUUGGGUUUUUAAAUUAUUGUUAAACAUCUUAUGAACAGUGAUAUCCAGUUGUGUCCCCCCACCAGUGAACAGACUUCCAUUCCCGUAACAGGCCUUCCUUCUUUUCUAUUUCCCCCUGCAACUCCUUGCCUGUUCACCAGAUAUGCUGUGGAGGGCUGGGGGACUGUCUGCAGCAGAUUUAGGGAGGCGUGCAGGGCUACAGGGUGGAAGGACAGGAAAGGGAAAUUCACUCACCUGCAAUCUAUAAAUAUUGCACAUAAAUAAAUACAGAACAGCAAGCUCAGGAGUUUGCACACACUUAUUUGGCAAGACAAGACUGCUACCAGUACCAUAGUUACUAUAACAUGUGCUUCUUUUCAGCCUCCGUGGCUCUCCAAUUACACCCAGACUGACUUGCAUGUGCACUACUUCCCUUUACCUCCGAUCUGUAUUUUCUAAAAAAAGACAGUGUAGAAUUAGUAAUAAACUAAAAGAAAAGGAGUAAAGGUGGUGCCUUUCAUUGAUGCUAUGAUAAAAUAACCAGGGGGAUUAAGAGAAUACUAUUCAGUCUUAGUUCACACGUCCAAAAGAAAACUGAAGAGACAUGGCCUAGGGGAACUAGCUAGAACAAAUACAGAAAGCAUAGUAAAGGUGCAGGGCACAUACAAGUUAAAAGCCAGAACUGUACCAAAUCAAGUGAUCUGACUCAUGACUACAUGUCCAUCACUUGCUGCACAUGUGAAUGAACCACAUUAAGCACCACAAAAAGAACUUUCUUAUCACCUCAGGCACACUGCUUUUCAAUGGAGUCUGUUCAUACCUUCAGCUGUGAGUGUUCAACAAUGGGUGAAUCAAGCAAUGAGCAUGCAGUGUAAGAACUGGCCUCACAGAGUCCAUUCAGGCUCUUGCAGGAAGUAGAUACUAUAUGCAAGUCAGAAUAAAGGUAUGGGCCACUUCACUAAUAACAUUAAACAAAUAGUGGAAACAGGAGAGAGUGGGCAGGGUGAACCUCCUAUUAAGAAGUAAAUAUCAAGUUUUUAAUAAGUCUGAAGACAGAGGUAGCAAGAGGAGCACAAAGAAAUAAUAAAUAUAGCAGCCAAUUGCUCCGGUAGCUUUCUCUUUCC